AAACAUGAACAGGAAGUCGCCAUUGGAUCGUCAGUGGUCGAGAAUUCACUCUCUUAGGUUUCACUCCAAGGGCUCUUUCUGUCUCACACCGGAGAGUUUGAUCGACGUGUUGUUCAUCGGCGAUGGUUGGCUAAUCGGCAGCUGGUGGUUCGAUGAAUGGCUUUCUAAGGAUAAUUGUAGGUGAUCUCGCUCCACCUCCUCCAAUCAUUUUCUGCAUCUGCAAUGUCGAUAUGAUGCGUCCAUAAACAUGCAAUCGUAGCUUGAUCCUUCGAUCGAUCUCAUUUUGUUACUCAUGCGUUGUUAUCUGUGUUUUUGAACUACUGGUUUGUGUAUUAGUUUAAGGCUUUGAGCCUUUGGGGGAUCGGUCUCCCUCCCCCUCAGUCCCUCGUUCUCAGCCUAUGUAAAGAAAUGUCAGUCUUUCUCGAAAUUCUCCGUUGUAUUCUCUGUUGCUUUGAAGAAGAUGAUGACGAAAUUAGACGUUACGGAAGAUCGCAUAGAAAUGACAACUCCCUUAGACAUAGAGAAGUAGUUCCUAGUUACGACACUUUUUCAAGGACACUUGCCUCUACUUCCACUAUCUACAGUCCCUAUACAAGCCAAUCAGGUUCACGAAUAGCCACCAAAGAUCACCCUCUUAACAAUUCCAAUCAGGUACAUACCCAUAAGAAUUUCAACUUAUUCAAGUCGCCUGAGACGUCAAUUACUCUCCCUGCUCAGACCUCACAGACAAGGAACAAGAAUCCAGUUCCAACCAAGCUGCCUGAUUCUCUAGAGGUGUCUUUCGUCAAACCCAAGUCAGCUACAGCUUCUGUUUCUUCAUCUGUAGGCAAGCAAGAAACUGCUAAAAGAAUACCAGAAAAGCCCUAUGAAAUUGCUCAGAAGCCAAGUAUAUUGCCCCCAUCACCAUCUCCAACUCAUAUUUCUCAUGGCAAAGCCACAGAAGGGACUGGUAAAACAACUGACCAAAGAUUGCCCAAAAGCUUGUCCUCUCUCUCCUCUCAACCACAAACUUCUUUAUCUAAGUUCCUCUCCUCUUCCUCAAAGCCAUUGCCUUCUCUGUCAACCCCUCCUUCGCCAUCUCCUAAACGGGUCCUGUCAUCAUCUACGUCUUCUUAUGGGGCGCCUCCAUCACCCUUGGAACCACUUCAACCAUCCACUAAGCCAACUUUAUAUAUGGCUCCAUCUAAUUCAAAGAAUCAACAAGGAAAAACUAAUUAUGUAUGGGUUGACAAGGGAACAUUACCCAUUUAUGCAAUUCCUGAUGAUAUAAAAGAAUUGAUCAAGAAAGAUGUUAUCCCUGGAGUUCUCAGAAUGCCUUUGUCCACUUCAACUUACAAGGAUUACUUUGCUGCACUGCUUUAUGCUGAGGAUUUCUACAUUGAGAAAUGGGAUCAAUUUGAAAUGAAGAAUGUGACCCUGGAGUUGCAUAAAGCAGCAAUUUAUAAGAGGAAACACAAAUAUGACGGGAAUAUGAAUGGUGAGAAAGAUGACAAAAUAUUUGUUGCAUUCGAGAUUGACACUGUCCCCCAUAGACGACCAUUUCUUUUAUCUAGGGACUUUGUCUCUGUAAGACCGUCUGGCAAGAAAGCUGAGCCUUUCCAGGGUCUUAUCUAUCGCGUGGUGAAGGGAAAUCACGUGUUAGCUGAAUUUGGAGAAGAUUUUUAUUCUCAGCAUCGCCCGGCAUGCAAAUACGAUGUUAAGUUCUCAUUCAACAGAGUUUGCUUAAAACGGGCACACCAAGCAGUUGCAGCAGUUUCAAAUGUUUUAUUUAGGAGCUUCCUCUUCCCUGAUUGCAUACCUCUAGAUAGUCAUGUCAAUGUCAAACUUCGACCUGUAUGUCUAAAUCUGGACUGGGAGCAAGUAUCUGCUGUUCGUCAGAUUUUAAGCCACCAAAAGUCACCACCUUAUCUUGUGGAGGGCUCGCUCUGUGUAAAUAAGCCAGGAAAAUUGUCGAGAACUGGAGGUGUUUUAUGUGAAGCAGUACUCCAAAUUUAUCGAGCCUAUCCCUCAUGUCGGAUUCUUAUAUGUGCUCCCAUAAAUAAAACAUGUGAUGUCAUAACAAGAAGCUUGACGGGGGAGAUUCCAGAGUCUGAUGUGUUUCGAGCAAAUGCUGCCUUCAGGGAAAUGGAUGGGAUUCCUUUUGAAAUCUACCCGACUUGUCGUUUUGAAAGGGAGUGCUUUUCUUGUCCUUCAAUACAGGAGCUCAAGAAAUUUAAGGUGAUUGUGUCCACUUUCAUGAGUAGCCAUCGGCUGCACAGUGAAGGUAUAAUGGCCGGACAUUUUGGCCAUAUUUUCCUGGUGGAUGCCUCAUCGGCGACAGAACCGGAAGUUAUGGUGGCUCUAGCUAAUCUUGCAAAUGAUAUGACCACUGUAGUAGUGAGUGGUGCGCCGAGGAAUCACUCAGGUUGGAUCCGUUCCAAAAUUGCAAGGGAGAAUGGGCUGACGACUUCGUAUUUUGAGAGACUCCAGGAGAGCAAACUAUACUCGGAUCCUUGUUCUAGGGUUAUAACACAGCUGAAAGACCCUGUGAAAAACUCAGAUGACAGCUAUAGCUCAGUGCCAUUUUGGUUAAACUCUUGAAUGCCCCACUGCCACUGCCACUGCCACUGCCACCAAUGAAGGAUGCAACCUAGACUUACUGUCUUAUCGUGCAUUUACUUGGUGUGUUAUAUUUGUGGGUGCUCUAUUGUAUUUUCCUCUGUAAAUGGGUAGGAGGUAUCGUGUAUAUCCCUAGCUUGUGUUACUGUUCCUAUAAACAUAUAUAUGCUUGCAGAGACCAUCAUAUGUUCUA